AUGCGUCGCCUAGGACUCCUCGAAGAACUCCGCCAAUACUGCGUCAACGAAACAGGAAUGGAGCUCAUCGACCUCCACGGCAAAAGUCUCAUGAAAUUCGGCGUCACAAAAGCCGGCGACAAAGGCGGCACCUUCGAACUUACCAACGAAUUCGAAUUCAUGCGCGGCGACUUUGUAAAAAUGAUGUACACAGCCAGUCUCGCAGACCGACAAACUCUAACCACCAAAGGCCAUACAAGCGGUAGCCUAACCUACCUCUUCAACACAACCCUCACUGCCAUAUCCCAAGACAACACCACCCCAGAUCUAGCAACCGCCACCUUCUCCACCAGCGAAACGAGAUCCUACAACCUUAUCGUCGCAGCCGACGGCCAAAACUCACGCACCCGCCGCCUCGUCUUCGGCGAAGCAGUCAACACCUCCGCCUACACCUCCCUAAACACCCACGCCGCCUUCUUCCCCAUCCCACGAUCACCCAACGAAACCAGUCUCGCUCGCAUGUACUCUAGCCCCGAAAACCGGCUCACCAUGACACGUUCCGGCGACCGCCCAGAAACGCAAGUGUACCUUAUCCAAAUGGCAAAUGCACACCGCACGCCUGUCUUGAAAGCAGCGCAAAAGUUGCCAGUGAAGGAGCAAAAGAAGGUGUGGGCGGAGCUGUAUCGCGAUGCGGGAUGGGAGUGUGAGCGUUUUGUGCGUGAGUUGGAUGGUGCAGAGGACUUUUAUGCUACGGAGAUUGUGCAGGUGAAGAUGCCGGGGAGGCAGUUGUAUUCGGGUCGAGUGGUGUUGCUCGGUGAUGCUGGGUACUGUCCCUCGCCCUUUACGGGAAUGGGGACUACACUCGCGCUAAUUGGCGCGUAUGUGCUUGUGGGUGAGUUGGGAAAGCAUGCGGGCGAUGUGGGUGCGGCGCUUAGGGCGUAUGAGGAGGAGAUGAAGGAGCCGGUUGAGGAGAAUCAGAAGUUGGGGGCUUUGGCUAAUGGGGGGAAGGGCAUGUUUCCUCGGUCUGCGUGGGGGAUUUGGGCUGUGAAUACUGUGCUGUGGACUAUGGCUGUGUUGAGGGUGGAUAAGGUACUAGGGAUGCUGGCGGGUUUGGUGCCAGAGGGGAAGGGCAGUGUGUGGAAGGUGCCGGAGUAUCCUGGUAUGAAUAUGGAUGCACUAUAG